AUGUCUUCUUCCGCUAUCUAUAUACUUGAUCUUAAAGGCAAAGCGAUAAUAUCAAGGAAUUACCGAGGUGAUAUAGACAUGGCGGUCAUCGAUAAGUUUAUGCCUUUACUGUUGGAACGCGAAGAAGAGGGUCGUCAGAGUCCAGCUCUCGAGCAUCCUGAAGCUACCUUCAUUUACUUCAGACAUUCAAACCUUUAUUUUGUUUCAACAUCACGUAAAAAUGUAAAUGUAGCACUAGUGCUUACAUUUCUAUACAAGAUAGUGGAAGUCCUUGGAGAAUAUUUGAAAGAUGUCGAGGAAGAAUCGAUUCGUGAUAAUUUUGUAGUCAUCUAUGAAUUGCUGGAUGAAAUGAUGGAUUUUGGAUAUCCGCAAACUACUGAAGGGAAAAUUUUGCAAGAGUUCAUUACACAAGAAGGACAUAAAUUGGAAGCUGCACCUCGACCACCAAUGGCUGUCACGAACGCCGUUUCGUGGCGUUCAGAAGGUCUCAAAUAUCGCAAGAAUGAAGUAUUUUUAGAUGUCAUAGAAUCUGUUAAUUUACUGGCAAAUGCAAAUGGUGUAGUUCUACAGAGUGAAAUAGUUGGUUCGGUUAAGAUGCGUGUCUAUUUAACAGGUAUGCCGGAACUACGAUUGGGUCUUAAUGACAAAGUUUUGUUCGAAAGUAGUGGUAGGGGUAAAAACAGAUCAGUAGAAUUGGAAGAUGUAAAAUUUCAUCAGUGUGUUCGUCUCUCUCGUUUUGAAAAUGAUCGGACAAUCAGUUUUAUACCACCAGAUGGUGAAUUCGAAUUGAUGAGUUACAGAUUAAUGACUGUUGUUAAGCCACUUAUUUGGAUGGAAGCAGUCGUUGAAAGACAUACUCAUUCAAGAGUCGAAUAUAUGAUAAAGGCGAAAUCGCAAUUCAAACGACGCUCUACAGCAAAUAAUGUAGAGAUUAUCAUCCCUGUGCCAAGUGAUGCCGAUUCGCCCAAAUUCAAGACCUCCAUCGGGACAGUAAAAUACACACCAGAACAAAAUUCAUUUGUUUGGACAAUUAAAAGUUUUCCAGGUGGGAAAGAAUAUUUGAUGCGAGCACAUUUCAACUUACCAUCGGUUCAGUGUGAAGACCGUGAGGGUCGUCCACCAAUGAAAGUAAAAUUUGAAAUCCCGUAUUUCACAACUUCCGGAAUACAGGUACGUUAUCUUAAAAUCAUUGAAAAAAGUGGUUAUCAAGCUUUACCGUGGGUGCGCUACAUUACGCAAAAUGGUGACUACCAACUGCGCAUGAUGUGA